UUUGCGAAGGAUUUUUUUUAAUUCCACGUGUAUAGGUAAAUGGGGAAAAAAUAGGCUCGGGUUCGUUGUUUUCAUAAAUCGUAAACAUGGUACGCCAAAAAAAUAGAUAUUUAUUAUGCGAGAUAAUUUACAUAGAUGGAAGAAGACUGCAUAGAAACCUGCAACAGAGGGACAUAUACCACUGCGUUAGAAAUGCCUUGGCCAAGGAGCAUGGAGAAUAUGGAGUGGCUUUAGCAUUAAGAUCAUUAUCAAUACAGGCAUAUUUCCAUCCUAACAUAGUGAUGAUCAGGGUCUCUAGGGAUGCCCACAAGAUGCUACAGUCUGCAUUGUUUUUCAUUCGGAAGAUUGGACAAUAUGAGGCUUUCUUUAACACUCUCCAUAUAUCAGGCACAAUUCGGACAUGUCAAAAGUUCUAUGUUGGUUAUCUCAGAAGAGAACUUCCAAAGCUUCUUAGAGAAUGCAAAACUCCAGAGGAGGAAAAGGAAGUGAAAAAGGCCAUUUCUUCAUGUGUUCCUGUUGAAGUGACCUGAAUACAAUAUACUGUGCUGUUGUUUUAUAGACUGACAUUCAAACCUUGAGCACAGGGUCAAAUCUAAACUCAUUUCAAAACUGUAACCAAAUUCUUAGAAAUUUGGAUGAGUUGCAAAUGGUUUGAAGGAUACAGUAAAAUAUGAUUACUGGGAACAUAUGUCCUUCCUGUAAGAGCUAUGAUGUAGCAUGUUGAUUUAAUAUUGUAAAAUAAAGAUGCUGAUUCAGUAAGAUAUUUCUUGUGUAACAUAGCAUCCUUUUCAAUGCGUUACUAGAGUUUCAUGCUGCUCUUAUGCUACCGGUAUUUUAUCAUUUAUAUGUAGUUAAUCUUCAGUGUACUUUUAUUUAAAGUGCAGCUAUUUGCAAGAACCUGCCAAAUAGAUACUUAUGAGCAUAUCAGACUUUAUGAAGGUUUAAUAUGAAUUCUUAUGGAUCACUAGAACAUCGUUGGAGAUUAUGAUUUUUAUAGGUCAUUUAAAGGUAAAUAAAAAAGGUGGAUUGCA